CGAAAUCUCAAACGAAGUUCUUGCAGAUGUCAGCAAAGCUACUCUUAGCUGUGAUUGUUCUCGUGGAAGUUCUUUUUGUCCAAAGCCAAUUUUUUGGCUCACCAUUUGGCAUGUACCCGGGUAUGAUGGGUUAUCCGCCUAUGAUGGGAUAUCCGCCUAUGAUGGGAUUUGGAAGGACAAAUCCGCUGACUGGGGCCCUGCUUGGUGGACUGAUGGGCGCUUUAUCUGGAUAGUCAAGAGUUAGACUUGAAACGUCAUCUCCUAACUCAUGUAUUAUUACAAAAUAUCUUUUUCUGUAUUGUAUGAUUGUAUACGCAUCGUUCACACUCACGAUCAGUCAAUUCAGCUGUAUGCGACGUUCUCAUCGUUUGCAAUUCGAUCGUUAAAUCUUUGAAGUCUUAUGAACGCACUCGCGCAAAAUUUUCCACAUGUAAUCACCGACAAUUUUACGCUAACAUCUGUACAUACGAAAAAUCAUUGAUUCUUGGAUCUUUACACAAUCAUCUCUUUACCAUGCAGAAUUCUUGUC